AUGAGCUUCGGUUCCGAGCACUACCUGUGCUCCUCCUCCUCCUACCGCAAGGUGUUCGGGGAUGGCUCUCGCCUGUCUGCGCGCCUCUCCGGGGCCGGUGGCCCGGGCAGCUUCCGUUCACAGUCGCUGUCCCGUUGCAACGUGGCCUCCUCAGGCGCCUGCUCCGGGGCCUCGUCGCUCGGUCUAGGUCUGGCCUACCGCCGGCUCCCGGCGUCCGAGGGGCUGGACCUGAGCCAGGCGGCGGCGCGCACCAACGAGUACAAGAUCAUCCGCACGAAUGAGAAGGAGCAGCUGCAGGGCCUCAAUGACCGCUUCGCUGUGUUCAUCGAGAAGGUGCACCAGCUGGAGACGCAGAACCGUGCGCUGGAGGCCGAGCUGUCCGCGCUGCGCCAGCGCCACGCCGAGCCCUCGCUGCGGGCGCGCUGCGAAGAGGAGAGCCGCGGGCGCGAGGGCGCCGAGCGCGCCCUGAAGGCGCAGCAGCGCGACGUGGACGGCGCCACGCUGGCCCGCCUGGAUCUGGAGAAGAAGGUGGAGUCGCUGCUGGACGAGCUGGCUUUCGUGCGCCAGGUGCACGACGAGGAGGUUGCCGAGCUGUUGGCCACGCUGCAGGCGUCGUCGCAGGCCGCGGCCGAGGUGGACGUGGCUGUGGCUAAACCCGACCUGACUUCGGCUCUGAGAGAGAUCCGCGCCCAGUAUGAGUCUCUGGCCGCCAAGAACCUGCAGUCGGCGGAGGAAUGGUACAAGUCCAAGUUCGCCAACCUGAACGAGCAAGCGGCACGCAGCACCGAGGCCAUCCGUGCCAGCCGAGAGGAGAUCCACGAGUACCGACGCCAGCUGCAGGCGCGCACCAUCGAGAUCGAGGGCCUGCGCGGGGCCAAUGAGUCCUUGGAGAGGCAGAUUCUGGAGCUGGAGGAGCGGCACAGUGCCGAGGUGGCCGGCUACCAGGAUAGCAUUGGUCAGCUGGAGAAUGAUCUGAGGAACACCAAGAGUGAAAUGGCACGCCACCUUCGGGAAUACCAGGACUUGCUCAAUGUCAAAAUGGCCCUAGACAUUGAGAUAGCAGCUUACAGGAAGCUGCUGGAAGGCGAGGAGACAAGAUUUAGCACCAGUGGAUUAAGCAUUUCCGGGCUGAAUCCACUCCCCAAUCCAAGCUACCUGCUCUCUUCUAGAGUCCUCAGUUCUACAAGCUCCAAAGUCUCAUCUGCUGGGCUGUCCCUUAAGAAGGAGGAAGAGGAGGAGGAGGCUUCUAAGGUAGCCUCUAAGAAAACCUCUCAGAUAGGGGAAACUUUUGAAGAAAUAUUGGAGGAGACAGUAAUAUCUACUAAGAAAACUGAGAAGUCAAAUAUAGAAGAGAGCACCAUUUCAAGCCAAAAAAUAUAAUCCUGCUGCUAAAAAAGUGUUAAUGCUUAAGGGGGAAUAAUAUGCAUUUGACUUGUUAACCAGCCUACUCCUGAACCGCAACACCUGUCACCACUCCUUAGCAACUUCAAGGCUUCUCAUAUUUAGUAUUACAUACUUACUUUGAUAGAAAACCACCCCUUAGAUGGGAUCAAACUGCAGUCCUGGAGCAAUCACAGAAGAGUUAUCUAAGAAUACAGCUUUCUCACCUAAAGCUUAGGCUUCACAGUAAUGGAAGAUUUCAGGUAUAGAAGAACACAUGAAGGUGCUAAGUCUAAGUGGUCCUGGUCAUCCUCUGAAUGAAAUUGAAACUUCUAUCUGCUCUAACCAGCCAUUGCCAAGCU